UCGUCUUAUCUGAUUAUUUUAUUGCCGUUUUGUGUAUUUCAUAUAUAUGCUUUAUGAUUUUUUGAAAUGGCUAACACACAUUAUAUAAACGCGAGGAUUGAAUUUGACAGUAUGCCGAAUUCUGAGCUGUACGUGAACAGAGCAACAGUUGUAUCGAAUUUUUCUGAGUCGACUUUCUGUGAGACCGACUUUGAAACCUUAGAUGCCGCACAAAGUGACCGAUACGGUGAUUAUACCAAUCUGUCUAAAGACGUCUCAUAUUCCAACCAUGGCGUUGUUCACGAUCAAAGCAGGCCGCUAAACGACAGAUGCGGACCUUUGGAUUUUACAGUGACAUCAACAGUGUUAAAAGGAAAACAGGAGCUGAAAUCAAACAAUCAAAAGCAUGUGAUUUAUGCAAAUGAUGCUAUGUCACAAAAAGAUAGAGACAGCAUAGAUACCGCAGUUCCUAGACGUACUCGUAAGGGGAAUAAGAUGAUACGCAGAAUAUCAACUAUGCCGUCGUCGGUCUGGCAUGAAGUUCACGGAUGGUCGAGGGUGAAAACUGCAGCUAUUAUUUUGAUCAGUUUCGUUAUUGGAGCUGCAGUUGUGCUAGCCACGAUUUAUGCUCAAAAAUUUAUCGAUACCAUAUCUAAGGGAAAUGCUGAAUUAAAUGAAGAAAAUGGACACGGCGGCGACAAUACUUGUAAAACAGUAACGAACUUAAAUGGAUGCAAGAAUACAAUAUACGAAAAAGAUAUCAAAGGAAGAAGCGACCCUUUCUCGACGAACUGUUCAAAAAUAUACAAGAAAAUAAUAAAUAGUCGAUUGUAUAUAUUUUACGAAGACGGAAUGUCGUUCUCGGAAGCGGUGGAUUUUUGUCAUUGGACAGUUCAUUUAAAGAUGCUUGAAAUUGAGAGUUCCAGCGAAUGUAAAGAUUUGCAAAAGUACAUGAAUUUGAAUCUGGGUAAAGCAUCGGGUUACUGGACCGGACAGUGGAAUCAAGAAGGAAAAGAUACGGGAAAUGAAGCUUGGCCACACGUACAACCUGAGGAUGAUAUUAUCAUUACGGAUCGCAGCAUGUGUGUCUAUCUACGACCACAUCCUGAAAACUGUACGAGAAAGAGAUCGGUGCAAGGUUGUUCUGAAAACAUAAUUCCAGUUUGCAAAUGUUAAUCAGCAGUUUGGGCUUUGUUUAUUCACAUUCUGAGACGUGGAAAUCACAGGUGGACAAGACCCAGCAGUACUUCAUUAGAUUAUUGAAUUUCUUUAUACAAUUAUUGUGGAUGUAAAAACUUCCCUUUAUGUCAGACUCUUUUAAAAUGCAGAUUCAGCCAUUUAGUCACGUUUUUAAUACACAGAGCAGAAGAUAAAUCGGCCCAGAUCUAUUUGAUUAUGUUAGAAUAUCAAUCCAAAGCUACUGUCAUUAUUUAUUCAAAUGUUUGUAUAUUUUCUCCAAUUUCUUGCAAACAAUUAUGAAUAUUCGUUGAUAUUGUUAAGUGUGUCGAUAUGUGAACAACAUAUACAUAUUUAGCAAUUUUAACAGAGUAACAUCCCAAAGUACAUGAAAUUAAUAAACUCUUACUGUAAAGAAUCAGCAAGGCUGUAGAGUGAUCCGAAUUUUUCCGACUACAGGAAAUUGCACAAAUCUACCCCUUCUUUGGCAUAUUGAAGCCAUGCUGUGAAUAUACAAGUUUCUCUGUACAAUUUAUACAUUGUUAUGUAAUAUUUGGGAAGUUAUAUUAUUUUGUGCA